AUGGGAUCACAAUGCAACUUUCCCGUCACCAAUGCCACCGUGCCCUUCUGGCGUACUGAUCUCGACGAUAUUGAUAACCAUAGCAGCACUGAUGAACUUCCUGCAGAGCAGGACAUCAUCGUCAUCGGCGCUGGUUUUGCCGGAGCUGCUUGUGCCUAUUACCUCGUCAAGGACAAACCGAACCCACCUAGUAUCACAAUCCUAGAAGCACGGGAGGCAUGCUCUGGUGCCACAGGACGAAAUGGCGGACAUUGCAGACCCGAUCUUCACGCUGGGUUCGCCAACCGGAGAGACACCAAAGGCUUCGCGGCAGCAAAUGCAGUCGCCUGCUUCGAGGUAGCCAAUCUCAAUGCUGUGAGAGGGCUAGUAAAGAAAGAACGUAUCGAGUGCAACUUUGAGGAAGUCACGUCCGCCAAUGUCUACCUGGAUGAGAAGAUGGCUAUAGAUGUGAAACAGAACUUGGUUGAGAUGAAGCAGCAAGGAUGUCCCACUGCUAAGUUGGUUAAGUACCACGGCAUUGAGGAUGCAGAGAGAAUCUCGGGUGUACGAGGCGCAAAGGCGGUCACGACUUUCCCUGCUGCGACUCUCUGGCCUUACAAGUUCAUCAUGCACCUUCUCAAAUGCGCACUUGACAAAGACGUCUAUUUGGAGACCAACACGCCCGUCUUUAAGGUCUCAGAAUCGGCGGAUCGCUACGGAUACUGGACCGUGUCCACACAGAGGGGCGACAUAAGAGCCAAGCAGGUUGUGUUUGCAACCAAUGGUUACACCAGCGGUUUGUUGCCCGAGUACAAACAGGUCAUCCACCCGGUUCGUGGCAUCUGCAGCCGCAUCACUGCCAGUGGAGAGCCGCCUACUCAAGGCAAGCUCAAGUCCAUGGUCCAAUACUAUGGACCAAAAUUAGCCGACUACCAGGGCAACUUGUCAGAUGGAAGCUUCGUGAUCGGCGGCGCAUGGUCAAACAUGAAGUUCAAGCACCCGGAGCAGUGGCUCGAUGUGGUCGACGAUUCGCGGUUGCCCCGUGCAGCCGCCACAUACUUUCAUGGCUUCAUGGAGCGAACUUUCAUUGGUUGGGACAAGGCUCAGUCCAAAGUUGACAGUACCUGGACUGGUAUCAUGGGCUACACCGAAGACAACGAGCCGCAUAUUGGCAAGGUUCCGUCGAAGGAGGGCCUUUACAUCUGUGCUGGCUUCAAUGGCCAUGGUAUGCCACUCAUCCUGCUCUCCGCCAAGGGCAUUGCCAAGAUGCUCGAAGAAGACUGCGAUUUCUCGAAGACAGGCAUUCCUGCCAUCUACGAGACAUCUAAGUGGCGACUGCAGAAGCCACAGGUUGUAGUUUAGGAGGCGGUGUCGGUUUCCCUGGAUUCCACCGCAUACCACUCUUCUUCCUUGCCACGAGCCUGGUUUUCAGCAGCGGCUCCUAGCACACGACAACAUGCGGCAUUGUCCACCAUGGCAAAUACUGUUCUAGAUCGCCCAAAAGCUACACAAGCUUCCAGAUACCUCGUUCAGUGCUUCACGCACAAUCAUUCUGGCACCUCCGUACCAGUUCAGUUUCGACUACUAUCGGCUGUUCCACCCACCACCAGGAUUCUGGGGAGCAACGGGUAUAGAGGAACAGACACGAUAUAGACAUGUAUAAUAGGGCGAGGUUUGUUUAGGUCCUCACAUUGAG